AGGCUGAACGUGACAAAUGACUAAUACUUGAAAUGACAGAUAAACAUUAGUCGACGUAAAUCUUGUAGGAAACUUGCCUGUGACUCCCCGUGCUGUGAUAAAUUAAGUGAACAAUGGCUUGGACUAAUUACCAAAUUUUUCUAGCUCUUGUUAUGGUUAUAACAGGCAGCAUCAACACUUUGAGCACAAAGUGGGCGGAUGGAAUUCAAUCAAAAGGAAAAAAUGAUGAUCUCCACGUUUUUGAUCACCCGUUUUUCCAGGCCUCUUGUAUGUUCAUCGGGGAAAUGCUUUGCCUAUUUACUUUCAAAAUACUCUACAAAAUUUACAGCCUGAGAGCCGAUGGCUCAGAAGACGUCAAAGAACUAACUCGAGGUAACCGGCAUUUCAGUCCAUUUGUCCUUUUUCUCCCCGCCAUGUGUGACAUGACGGCCACCUCAAUCAUGUACAUCGGCCUCAACUUAACUUACGCUUCAAGUUUUCAAAUGUUCAGAGGAUCCGUCAUAAUCUUCGUUGGACUUUUAAGCGUUGGCUUUCUAGAACGGAUUUUAAAAAGGCGAGAAUGGGUUGGAAUUUUCUUUGUCAUUAUUGGCCUAGCUGUUGUCGGAGUGGCAGAUUUUGUAGCCAAAGACACGAACGCUGAAAAUCAUGGUCGAAAUGAUAUCAUCACAGGGGACUUGUUGAUCGUGAUUGCCCAAAUUAUUACGGCCAUUCAGAUGGUGGUUGAGGAGAAAUAUGUAGCUGGGUUAGAUAUCCCUCCAUUGCAAGCUAUCGGCUGGGAGGGAUUUUUCGGGUUUACGGUUUUGGGAUUGUUGCAGAUACCGUUUUAUUACAUCAAAGCGGGGCCCCCGUUUACUAAUAACCCCAACGGAACGUUGGAAGAUGCAAUUGAUGCGCUCAUACAAAUUGGGAAUAGCUGGCAACUGGUUUUCGCUAUUUUAGGUACAAUCAUAUCCAUAGCAUUCUUUAAUUUUGCCGGCAUCAGUGUAACCAAAGAAAUAUCAGCAACGACUAGAAUGGUCCUGGACAGUGUUCGUACGAUUAUUAUCUGGAUUGUGAGUUUAAUGUUUAUGGGACAAAAAUUCCACUGGCUUCAGCUAUUGGGAUUCGUGGCGUUGCUGUAUGGAAUGUGUCUGUACAAUGGAAUUACAUGCACUUUAGUUUUUGUAAAAGUUCGCGCUCUUUUUGUCCGUCUGCGGUAUCGAAAUGUGGAAGAAGAUAGCAUAAUUGAAAAUCGAACGGCUGAUUUGCCAGACGACUCAACUCCAGCGUGACUUAUUUGUCUGUAGGAAUAAUAAGACUAAUCAUUGUGGACACACACAAUAUAUAAAAUAAUGGGAAAUGUUUAUAGAAAAACAUUAAGCAUAUUUAAAAUAUUAUUAUUGUUCAGAGUAGAAUAUUUUUAUUAAAUCUGUAUUACACUGA